CUCAUCCAUGUCUCCGGUCACUUUGAAUCUCCCGCUCCUCGGCUCUCCCCGGAUGAUCGUCCCGUCUCUCCCCGCCCUUCCUCCUCCGAUAUGGGGAUCGCACGCCUCGCCGAUCUGCUCCGGGAUGAGACCCCAGAAGCAAUCCAAUCCCCUCCCCCCGAACACUACCGAGGGAAGAUCCUCGCGGUGGACGCCUCCAUUUUUAUCUGUCAGUUCCAGUCAGCGAUGCCGGCGAUUUCCAACCGGCACGGCGAUAAAAUCAGUGUGUUACAGGGCCUCUUUAACCGCACAAUCUACAUGCUGGAGAAAGGAAUGAAACCCGUCUAUGUGUUUGAUGGAAUCCCGCCAGAAUGCAAGCGUGCCAAGGUCAGUAAAGAUGGCAGUGGUCAUGCCAGGAGAGGACUCAGAGCCGUGCAAGGCCCAGGGCCAGAGAGGCAUGGAGACCUGAAGAAACUGCUUAGUCUUCUGGGGGUGCCUGUUAUACAAGCCCCCAGCGAGGCAGAAGCCACUUGCGCCGCCCUGGUGGAGAAGGGACGGGCGUGGGGAGCGGUAACGGAAGACAUGGACGCUCUGCCUUUCGGCUGCACUCGCCUCAUACGGAACCUGAAGGCCGAUAAGAAGAAGGAUAUUGAAGAGUAUUAUCUUCCCGACAUCCUAAAAAAGCUGCAAAUGACCCAAAAAGAGUUUAUAGACUUGUGCAUCCUAAUGGGUUGUGAUUAUACUUCAAAGAUCAAAGGUUUGGGGAAGAAAAAAGCAUUCAAGAUGAUGCAGAAGUAUAGAACCAUUGAAGGUAUCCUUCCAAACAUCAACCCAGAGGAUCGUAUUCCCCCAGAUUUCCAAUUCCAUUACCAGGAGGCUCGUAAACUGUUCCUGGAGCCGGAUGUAGUUGAGGUCACCUCUCUCACUCUAGAAUGGAAGAAGGUGGAUGAAGACAAAGUCCUCCAGUUCCUCUCGGGGGAGAAGCAUUUGAACAGGGAGAAGGUGCGGCGAGCAUUACAGAAACUCCACCCACCUGAAACUUCAAGAAAGCGUAAAGCCAAAUCCAAAGCCUCUGCAUCUGCAGAGAAGCAAAAGAAGAUCACCAAUUUCUUCCCAGCAAGGAAAUCAGCAGUUCACGAAAAGCCUUCUACAGGGAGCUCUCCGACCUCCAGCAGAUGACCCCCGGAGUCUGAAUAUAGGGGAGUUCUGACAUCAGAUGGGAGGCGGGACCAUUCUGGAUUCCAAUGAUAUUAUAUCGUGUUACAGUGAUCGGUUUGUGGCAAAGACUGCAAUGGCGGGAACGUUAUCAUGUAUUUUGGGGUGUAUAUACUUGUUUCUAGAAAUGGGAUGGAGGGAUGUUCUCAUCAUUGUAUUCCUUUCUUGUUGGGUGACACACCACGAAUAGGAUAAUAUACAGUAUCUGACAAAAGU